AUGACUGAAGAAAAUCGUACAUUCAAAAUUCAAACUGCUAAUCGUAGAUUUUUACCAUUUGAUUCUGAAAAAGAAAAAGAAUGGCAAGGUCCAUUUUUUUUUGUUCAAGGUGCUGAUUGUCAAUUAGGUUUAACAUAUCGAUGGACAGGUACAACUAGAGUAGCAUGUAAUCCUGAUAUGUCUAUGAAUUGGGAUGUUGAAAUGAAAGCAACACGUGCUGUUAUUGAAAAACUUAAUCAAAUGGAACCAAAACCAAAAUUUUUCAUUGUUUGUGGUGAUAUUGUUGAUGCAUUCGAUUUCGAAGAACCAUUUCGAUCAAGACAAGAAAAAGAUAUUAAACAAAUAUUUAGUGAAUUAGAUCCAUCAAUACCAUUAGUAUGUGUAUGUGGAAAUCAUGAUGUUGGUGAUGAACCAACACGGUCAAGUAUUCAAAGAUAUGUAGAUAAUUUUGGUGAUGAUUAUUUUGAUUUUUAUUGUGGUGGUGUCCAUUGUAUUGUAUUAAAUUCUCAAUUCUAUACUCAUUCAGCAAAUGUUGAAGAUUUAAAAUUACAGCAUGAACAAUGGCUUGAUGAAGUUUUAAAAGAUAAACAAUCCAAACAUAUUAUUAUAUUUCAACAUAUUCCAUGGUUUUUAAAAUCUUAUGAUGAAGAAAAAGAUUAUUUUAAUGUUGAAAUAAAUACAAGACUUAAAAUGCUUGAAAAAUUUCAUUCAGCUGGUGUUAAGAAAAUCUUUUGUGGUCAUUAUCAUCGAAAUACUGGUGGAACAUAUAAAUCAAUGGAACAAGUUGUAACAACUGCAAUCGGUCUUCAAUUAGGUAAAGAUCAAUCCGGUGUUCGUUUAGUACGUGUUACAGAAAACGAUAUCGAACAUCAAUAUUUUCCUACUGAAGAUCUACCAAAAAAUUUUCUAUAA